CUUCUUUCAGAUCUCCAUCUCCCUCGAGUGGUCAGCGUCCAGCAUACAUGCAUUCUGAACAAUCUCUCACCCACGGUCAUUGCCGUCUUGAGCGUCACCGCUGCGAGGCUCGGCAGCGGUGAAGUCGGACCUCGUAGCAGUGAAGUCGGUGGCCGUCAGCACAUGGCUCGUUGCAGCACACACUCAGGCAGCGAGGGACGAGAAGGCGGAGAGGCUUACAAUGAAGGACGAGCCAAGCUGUCAGUCUUUGGUGGAGGAACUCGAAAGCGCAGUUCAAAUUAGGCAUCACGAAGCAGCGAUGGCGGACAGCAAACAGCAGCGUCUCGCCGGUUCGGAACUCAGACAAGCGCAAUUCAGCUUGCAGCACUUCCACUGGUCUUGCUUGAGCCUACAGUGCGUCCUCAUUGGCACGAUCUUGGCACAGAUUCCCACCAGGAUCUUGGUCGGAACUUUUCAAGAGCAUGGUCAUCUGGCGCAGGCAGUGAUCAAGGUGAUCGAAGAGACGCUCGCAGAGCUCGGUCUCGCGUUGCCAAGAAAGCCAAAUUUUGCAGAUCUCUUCGAGAUGUGCACCUGGUAUAUGAAGGUCAACACUAUCAUCCUGAAGAAAGUCAAUGAGAACAUUCGCAACCAAGCAAGCACCUCGGCUUAUCUCAUAGAUGUCAAGGAGCGUGGGUCCAGCUCGGAGACGCCGGUAACAAGGAUUGUUCAGCAACAGACGACCAACCGAGAGCCUCAGGAUUGUGGUGAAUCCGACAGUCACUCCUCAGGCAAUACACCUUGCAGCUGUACGAAGACUAUGAACGGUCCAGGAAUCCAUUGAAUCACUGAUUCGGCUGCACAUACAAUGGCGGCUGCCUCGCGUCCAGGAUG